AAGAAGAAGCAACCCACAACCACCACCACCACCAAAUCCACCCCUAAGAAGAAACAGCCUACAAAGACCGGAACAGGGGGAGGAACACCCAGCAAAUCACCCAAGACCAAGCUGGACCCGAUCCCGACCACCCUGGCGGCAGCCUCAUACUCGGACCGGCUGAUCCUCAACAUGCGCGACUCGCAGAACAGUACCUGGGCGGACAUCAACAGCGCGUGGAAGGCCGAGACGGGACUGACGGUGGGGCAGUCGACGCUGCGCAUGCGGUACAAUGCCAUGAAGGCGAAUUUCUCGGCGCUGGAUGACGAGGAUGAAACCCUCUUCCGCCAAACCAAAGACGCACUCGAAGCCAAAUUCGCGCAGGAGAAAUGGCGCCAGAUCGCCGAGCAGAUGGAAGCCGUCAACGGCAAGAAGUUCCCGCCGGCGACACUGCAGAAGAAGUGGAAGGAGUGGGAGAAG